AACGCAAUAGAUUUGACUGGAGAAAUAUGUUUUCCAACGGUUAAACUUUACCCAGACAAUUUCGACUUUGAAUGCAUACCUCCCAAUUCAUAUGCGUACACUAAUGUCAUUCUGCAGAACAUCACCUUUUUACCAGCGAGUUUUACUUGGGAAAUUUUUGAGGAUAUGGUAGAAAUCGAAAAUUUACCGGAGAUGAAGACUGUGAUGCAUCGGGAGCUUGAGGAAACAUCUUCGUCGUCUGUAAUCGACGAUAUAGUUUAUGAGGAGGCAGGACAUUUUAAAUCUAAAUCGAUUCUUUCCACAAGCUUGGAAAGAAGAUCUGAAAUCAUUCGUAAGCAAGAAAUGAUGUCCAUUAGCAUAAAAAGACCCUCCUUACCCAAGACAGACAAGAGACCGUCCGAUAUAGUGGCAGAGAAAAGUAGAAAGACCUUAACAGAUGAGACACAGAACGUCAGCUUUAUCGGAAGGACACAGGAUUUCUACGUAGAAUGGAGCACUGACCGAUAUAACGAGGAAGCGAAGAGCAUCUUCAGAAAUCUUGUCGCAGGUUUUCGGACGCCCGAUGAAAACGAGGACGAUACGUUUUUUAGUGGUGUUAAAACGAAGAAAAGAUCCGCUCUCAGCAAUAUGAUUACAAUUGAACCUUCGAACGGUUGUCUGGAUCCUUACGAGUAUAUUGUAGUAUCGAUAGGGUUUUUUCCCCCGCCGAAUGUCAAAAUCAAGUUCACCGCCGUUUGUGCCAUAAGUGGGGGAGAAACAGAGAGUAUUGUGGUGUCUGGAAUGUCGUCAAGUAUGUCAUACAAGUUGAGUUCGGAUGUUAUCGACUUUGGGAGACAGCUUUUUUGUGAAGUUUGCGAGAGGUAUUUUACACUGACGAAUGACGGAUAUGCAGAUUUCCAUUUCAAGAUGAUCAACGGGGAUGGCUCAUUCGAUGAAUGUACUAAAAUGACGGGCUGGUUGGAUGUUACUCCAGCUAAAGGAUUUCUCAAAUCUGGUGAACGCGUGAAGUUCAUUGUGAAAUAUUUUCCAGGAGUGACAGGAGAGUUCAAGAAAAAUAUUAUUUUCGAAGUGAGACAUCAGACUUUAUAA